AUGCGCUCUUCCUCCCGCGGCAACUCGGGGCGGCAGCCCAGUAAUCUCACCAUCCAGCCCCCUUCUCCCGGACUUCACCCACCGAGAAUAACCACUCCCAUCAACCAAACGAUCCCUCAAAUCAGCUCGCCCCGCAAAGCCCCACUCCCACCUUCACCUACCUACUCGAGUCACUCGAACCUAUCCGGUCUCUCGGCCAAUGAUCCGCGGUCACGCAAAGGAAGCUUCGACGCACAUGGGCAGGCCCCGCCCGUCCCGAGAAAGGAUGACAAGCGGCUCCCUGGACUGCCGUUCGCGGGGUUGCAGCUGCACCUGCCUAGAAGUCCACGGAAGCCAAGAGGCGACGAGACGUAUGGUCAGGGCGCAGGGAUGUACGAUAACAAGCUGGUAGCGAGCACACUGUCACAUCUACCGCCCCUUCCCCCUCUCUCGCCUACACCUACCGGAAACUCUGGUCAGAUCUCGCAUGCAGGCAACCUCGCUGUCUCUGCGCCAAAUAUGAACCACAAGACGUCGUAUGCGUCUCUGGCGAGCUCGGUUAAUCGCCCAGCCAUGUCAGCUAUGGCAUCGUCCGUGGGCGUGGUGCUUCCCGAUGGGACACCCCUGUCGACCCUGCCGUCCGAGGACAUACCAAGAGCCGACGGGCGCAGCAUGAAGGAGACUAUGGCGCACUCGAGCCCGAGCAGUCCUUGGAGCCAGGUCACCAUCAAUGUUCUGCCAAUCUUUGCGGGGAGCGCGCUGAAGCUACCUAUCGAGGACCUGAAUCACCUCUGUCACUCGCACAUCAUCGCUACCUCGCAGCGGACUGCGCCAUCUCGACUGAUCGCCGUGCUCUCCUCGGACUUGAGGGACCUUGUAUCAUCCGGUAUGCUCACCCUGAAGUCAAGGCUCGAGACGGCGGAUGAUACGGUCCUGCUCGCUCGAAUAGCCGAGUGCUGGAAGUUCUUCUGGACUCGCAUUCUCUCUUACCUCGAAGGCGUAUUUCUGCCCUUCUCCCAAAUGCGCGAUCUCCCCUCCUCAUCAACCUCGUCCGAGCCCUCCCGUCCUAUCCCAGUGCGACACGUCCUGCUGUCCGGAUUUCUCCUCAACAUCCUCCUCCCCCUCAUCCCUCGACUCUCCGUGCUCAUCUCCGAUCCCGAAGACCUGCCGCCUGACGCCCAACCUACUAUCCCGGACAUGCAGCAGAUCCUGCAAAUGAUCCUCGUCCUCGGUACCCAAUCGAGAUAUAGCAGCUUCUUUCCCUUUCAGUCGGAAGAGGAGAAUGAGCGGAUCGACGAUGAGGUCAAAGACAGCGUGCAGGCCUUGGGGAAGGCGGUACGCUGGCGGAUAGGCGUGCUGUCUUUGCCUCCAGAAGCGGACGGCCUCCCUACCGCAAAAUCGUCGCCUGGCGGUAUGCCAAAGCGGGGCAGUCUACAGCGGGUCUCGUCCCUUACUCAAGGAGGACGUCAUCGUCGGCCAGGGUGGAGAGCGAGCGAUGCCCUCGGACAGCCACCGCUCCCCACUUCGACAGACGGCGUGCAUCCCUCACGGCAGAAUUCAGACUUUUUCCAGCCCGAAGCGCGGUGGGGUCGGCCGAAGGUGGACGAGGAGGAUGAGGAUGACCAUACGCCCGGCCAGAGCUUCGCUCCCUCGCGACAGGAGAGCUACGGCUACGGCUCAACAGCCACGGUAUCGGGAGCGCCGUCCGCCGCCUCGACGCUGACGGCGGGAACGUGGCGGGAGGGCACAUAUACGGAAAAUCAACGGACUCCGCAAGCGGAUUAUGGGAGGCGGGCGGUACAGCGAGCCGACUCGCAGGAGAGCGAGGCGACGCCCGUGGCGGCUGAUACUCGGCGCGGUCAGAGAGUGUAG